UUGUGCUCCAUUCUCUGAAGCGGCUGCGGCUUUCCAUCGUACCGGAGAUGGGGUCUUGCUAUAUUUCUCAACUGGUCUCAAACAACCCUCCUGUCUUAGCCUCCCAAAGUGCUGGGAUUACAGGAGUAAUGUGAGGAUUCUUUCUCUUCUGGAAGCUGACAGAACAAAAACAUAGGCAGUGCAUAAGUAGUGACAGAAGAAAUCUUGGGAGAAAGCAUUUUUGCUUUGUACUUUGGACAGCUCCUGAGCCCACCAUGGCUCCUGUGAAGAUAAGCCACGUGGUAUCAUUUUCCUCUCAGGAUCCCAAGUAUCCUGUAGAGAAUUUGCUGAACACAAACAGUCAGAGGAGACCUUGGCUCAGCUCCCCCCAGGACAAGAGUGGGCAACUGAAAGUGGAGUUACAGCUGGAGAGGGCAGUGCCCAUUGGCUACAUUGAUGUGGGUAACUGUGGCUGUGCUUUCCUACAAAUUGAUGUGGGCCGUUCUUCCUGGUCCUUGGACAAACCUUUCAUCACCCUGCUCCCUGCAACCAUGCUGAUGUCCCUAACUGACUCAAAGCAGGGGAAAAACCGCUCGAGGGUCCGCAUGUUUAAAGCUGAUGAUUUCCUGGCUCCAGCCUCAGAAGAGUCAUGGGAUCGACUUCGCCUGACCUGCUCCCAACCCUUCAUACGUUACCAGUCCUUUGGCCUGUCCUUUCUGCAGGUGCGUUCCUCUCUGGACUCCUUAGAUGACCCUGUGAUGGAUUCCUCACCCUCUGUGAGCUUUGGCCCGAGUCAGGGAUCUUCUGAUGUUCGGGAGUCUGGUCCGAGCCCCUGGUUGGCUAAUCCUUCCAUCCGGAGGACAUUCUUCCCAGAUCCCCAGACAAACACCAAGAAAAUUUCAGAGCUUAGGAACAUGCUAACACAGCUACAGCCGGGGGGUCUGGGGCGUUCAGCCCGCAUGGUGCUUUCAGCUGCCCUCCGGACACCUCCAGCCAGGAUGGCAAGCCCAGAGAACAACUACACAGAACCAGGUACCAGUCAUCCAGAUAGUACAGAGCCCAGAACAGAGGAGCAAAACUCCAAGAAUGAUGAUGUGGGCAGGAUGAAACGACAGAAAGUGCAAGACCACAGGCCUCCAUUCAACUCUAAGUCUCGGUCAAACAGGAGGGGGACAGCAAGAGCACAGCAAAGAAAACAACACCGAACCCAAGCCCCAAACGGUAGUAGCCAAGAUAAUGGACAUUGCCCCAUCUGUGCAGGCUCCUUCAGCACUAAGAUUCUUCCCUUGCAUGCUACUGCCUGUGGAGAGAUUUCCUUGCCUUGCCCAGCUUCUCCCUCCUCAUCACCAUAUUCACCCCCAGUGCUAAGAUUUCACAGUGUGGCACUGAUACCAGUUCUCUUGGUCCCCAGGCCACAGCCUAACUGGACUGAAAUCGUGAACAAAAAGCUCAAGUUCCCACCACCACUCCUGAGUGCCAUCCAGGAAGGCCGUCUGGGUCUCGUGCAGCAGCUGCUGGAGUCUGGGGUUGAAGCCACAAGCAAUGGGCCAGGGGGGCCCUUGAGGAAUGUGGAGGAAGCAGAAGACCGCUCCUGGAGGGAAGCUCUCAACCUGGCCAUCCGCCUGGGUCAUGAGGCCAUUACUGAUGUGCUGUUGACCAAUGUCAAGUUUGACUUCCGACAGAUCCAUGAAGCCCUGCUAGUGGCUGUGGACACAAACCAGCCAGCAGCAGUGCGUCGCCUACUGGCCCGGUUGGAAAGGGAGAAGGGUCGCAAAGUAGACACUAGAUCUUUCUCACUGGCUUUCUUUGACUCAUCAAUUGAUGGUUCCCGCUUUGCACCCGGUGUCACUCCACUCACCCUGGCCUGCCAGAAGGACCUGUAUGAAAUCGCACAGCUACUUAUGGAGCAGGGUCACACCAUUGCCCGGCCUCACCCAGUGUCCUGUGCCUGCCUUGAGUGCAGCAAUGCACGCCGCUAUGACCUGCUGAAGUUCUCCUUGUCUCGCAUCAACACCUACCGUGGCAUUGCCAGCAGGGCCCACCUCUCGCUGGCCAGUGAAGAUGCAAUGCUGGCUGCCUUCCAACUCAGCCAUGAGCUCAGGCGCCUCGCACGCAAGGAGCCUGAGUUUAAGCCUGAAUACAUUGCCCUGGAGUCGCUGAGUCAGGACUAUGGCUUUGAGCUGCUGGGCAUGUGCCGGAACCAAAGUGAGGUCACUGCAGUGCUCAAUGACCUGGGCGAGGACAGCGAGACUGAGGCCGAGGGCCAGGAGCAGGCCUUUGAAGAAGGCAUCCCCAACCUGGCUCGACUACGACUGGCCGUCAACUACAACCAGAAGCGGUUUGUAGCACACCCCAUCUGCCAGCAAGUUCUGUCCUCCAUCUGGUGUGGGAACCUGGCUGGCUGGCGUGGAAGUACCACCAUCUGGAAGCUCUUCGUUGCCUUCCUCAUCUUCCUCACCAUGCCCUUCCUCUGCCUUGGCUACUGGCUGGCACCCAAGUCCCGGCUGGGCCGCCUGCUCAAGAUUCCUGUGCUGAAGUUCCUGCUACACUCUGCCUCCUACCUAUGGUUCCUCAUCUUCCUACUGGGAGAGUCCCUCGUCAUGGAGACACAGCUGAGCACCUUUCGUGGCCGUAGCCAGAGUGUCUGGGAGACUUCACUGCACAUGGUUUGGGUGACAGGCUUCCUAUGGUUUGAGUGCAAGGAAGUGUGGAUCGAGGGCCUGUGCAGUUACCUCCUGGACUGGUGGAACUUCCUGGAUGUGGUCAUCCUGUCCCUGUACCUGGCAGCCUUUGCAUUGCGCCUCCUGCUGGCUGGGCUUGCUCACGUGCAUUGCCGGGAUGCCCCUGAUGGGGCUGCCUGCCAUUAUUUCACCACAGCUGAGAGAAGCGAGUGGCGCACAGAGGAUCCCCAGUUCUUAGCCGAGGUGCUCUUUGCUGUCACCAGCAUGCUCAGCUUCACCCGCCUGGCCUACAUUCUGCCAGCUCACGAGUCUCUGGGCACGCUGCAGAUUUCCAUUGGCAAGAUGAUUGACGACAUGAUCCGGUUCAUGUUCAUCCUCAUGAUUAUCCUGACUGCCUUCCUCUGUGGCCUCAACAACAUCUAUGUGCCCUACCAGGAGACAGAGCGGCUGGGCAAUUUCAACGAGACAUUCCAAUUUCUGUUCUGGACCAUGUUUGGCAUGGAGGAGCACAGCGUGGUAGACAUGCCUCAGUUUCUGGUGCCCGAGUUUGUGGGCCGGGCCCUCUAUGGCAUCUUCACCAUCGUGAUGGUCAUUGUGCUGCUCAACAUGCUCAUUGCCAUGAUCACCAACUCCUUCCAGAAGAUUGAGGAUGACGCUGAUGUGGAGUGGAAGUUCGCUCGCUCCAAGCUCUACUUGUCCUACUUCCGAGAGGGCCUGACCCUUCCUGUGCCCUUCAACAUCCUGCCCUCUCCCAAGGCUGUCUUCUACCUUCUCAGGAGAAUUUUCCGGUUAAUUUGCUGUUGCUGCUCCUGCUGCAAAACAAAGAAGCCAGACUAUCCGCCCCUCCCCACCUUUGCCAAUCCGGGGGCAGGGGCAGGGGCAGGGCCUGAGGAGGGAGAGCGUGGAUCCUACCGCCGACGUGUCAUCAAGGCUCUGGUACAGCGCUACAUAGAGACUGCUCGGCGUGAGUUUGAAGAGACCCGUAGGAAAGACCUGGGCAACAGACUGACAGAGCUCACCAAGACUGUAUCUCGACUGCAAAGCGAGAUAGCCGGGGUUCGGCGGACUCUGGCAGAGGGAGGGACACCCCGGCCUCCUGAUGGUGCCAGUAUCCUCAGUCGCUAUAUCACCCGAGUACGCAACAGCUUCCAGAACCUGAGCACACCCAUCCCUGAGACUCCAGAGCUGACAGUGCCAGGGAUUAUGGAGACCCAGGUAUCUUCAGAAACUGGGCUUCAGGACACUGGAGGGGCCAGGACUCCAGCUUCUGGACAGUCUGGCCCCUCUUCCCCAGCUCAAGUGCUAGUGCACAGGGAAAUGGAAGCAGAGGGGGAUGGGGAUCUGCCCCAGGAGGAGAAUAUGGGGACCAAGGGUGGGUCCUAAUGCAGUGGAAGGGACCU